CUACGCCGUUGCCUCCUCCCCUGUCUUCUUGCUCUUUCCCUCAACCAACCCGGCACUUCACAGGCUGGAGCCACAAUACAGAAGAGCAGUAGCCCGGAGUCUUCGAGAGAGAGAGAACAGAAGCGCUGACAAGCACGCUGGAGCUGAAGUAAAGAAACGAAUACAAUGCCUGUACCUCCACCUCCUCCUCCUCCACCUCCUCCAGCAGCACCGCCACCUCCUCCACCGUCAUUUUCUAAGGGACACACAGCACCUCCAAAACUCAACCAAGGAGAAUCAGGGGGUCGAUCAGCAUUAUUGUCUGACAUACACAAAGGGGCUCGUUUGAAAAAAGUGGGCCAGAUCAAUGACAGAAGUUCUCCACAGAUUGAAGGUGCAAAGAAAAGCAGCAGCUCAGGCAAUGGCAGAAGUGCUGUGGUGCCCCCUAGUGGGGGGUUAUUUGCUGGAGGAUUUCCAGUGCUUAAACCUUCAGGUCAAAGAGAUACAUCAGGAAAUAAAAGUGCCCAGCCUGUUUCAUCUGUGAAACCUGGUGGUUAUUCCCUCCAUACUCCUGAUCUGCCAAAACGUCCAACAUCUCCUGCACCAGCCACCGUAGCAAUGAGAGCUCCACCCCCAAGACCAAAUAUACUUGGCCCACCACCUACACCCCCAGCGGCCAGUAAACCUCAGAUGAUGUUGGCAAAUGCAACAAAUUCUCAGGCCUUUAAAGGAGGGUCUACAAAUCCUCCUCCUUUGCCACCAUUUUUUGGCCAAGGUGACAAAUCUCCAAAGGUUCAGAGGCCUCUCUCAGCAAGUUUUCCACCGCCUCCACCUCCUUUACCACCAUCCCAUCCUCCUCCUGCACCGCCUUUUGGAUAUACUGGAAAAACAACAAGCUCUUACCCACCACCUCCACCUAUAGCAGAUGAGAACCCUAACAUGUACCCUUCCCUUCCUGAUAGAGAUUAUCCAUCUUUUCCCCCACCACCCUCUCCACCACCUCCUCUUCAUAUGUCACUUGCUUCUAAACGUAGAUUAUCUGAGCCAUUGCCACCCCCUCCAACCAUUGCCUUAGAUCAAAGCAAUGCUCCAUCUCGUCCCAUGAAGAUCCCUCCUCCACUGCCUCCACCCCUACAUGGAAGAAAUGUGAAAGUCACAGGACCUAAUGGUGCAAAGUUAGUUCCUCCACCACCACCACCAGUAAGAUCCCCUUCAACAGAAUUAACUAGCAGACAACAGACAAAUCAAAAUGUGCCGCACAAGAAUCCCGCUCAGCAGGCAUAUCCUCCUUCUAAAGCUGGAAGCACGAAUCACCUAGAUGACUUUGAGUCUAAGUUCACCUUUCAUUCGCAAUCUGAAUUUCCCCCUCCUGAAUAUUAUGAGCCUUCAAAGCGGUUAUAUCCCAGCAAGUCUGUUAGUGCACCAAAAUCCACCACCUCCACCGCCUGUGAGAACACAGAUCAGAUGAGGCUAAUUUACAGCAUGUAAAUCAAAGAAGUGAAAAGGGCAGAGCAAAUACUGUGUGCUUGUUUGUGCCUUUGGAUAACUGCUUGUACCUGUACUUUAUACAAUGUAUAAUUGUGCUUCUCCGUGAUGUAGUUCAAACUCCAGGACAACUGGAUCUUUAUAUCCCAGUUAUUCAAAAAUAUCUCUGAGCCCUGAUAACCCAGGGCUUGUAUUGGGUAUAUCUGCUGAAUUCUUUAUGAAGUGUUGACUGACAUUAUUAUGUACAUAUUUUUAAAUUAAUGUGCACAAAUAUUAAUAUAUAUAAUAUUUCUCAGUAAAUACUGUACAAUAAUGCUACCUAUAGAGAUGAGAGGUUGCAGGAUGAAGUAUAUGGGUAAAGAGCCUUAGCCAGAUAUUUCUGAUAUACUCAUAAGCACAGGAGAGCCAUGUGCUUCAUCUCUUAAAUAGGCCAUUUGCAGACUGCUCAUCUAAAGCCGCUGUUCAUCUAUAAGUCAUAUAUGAGCAAUUAAUGUAUUCAAUUUUAUUUUAUUAUGUUCUGUUUGGAUGAACAUAAUUAGCAGGCUCAAAAUAAAGUGCACUUGGAAAAAGGUUGUGUUUAAAGGAGAACUAAAGCUUAGCUAAAGAAGUAGGCUAGAAAUUUGUACAUUAUGUUUUGUGGUUCUGUACCAGACCCACAGCCCUUUAGCA